AUGAGCGCUCCCUCAGAUUCUCCGGCCCCUGCGCCUGCUGUCGACACCUCACAGACCACCCCUUCUGACCCAUCACCUUCGAAUCCUGCUGAGAUCGCAGCUACCCCUGAGACUACCACUAAACCCGCAGAAUCCACCGAGCAAGCCAAGGAAAUCGACGAGUUUGAGUCUCAGUUGCCAUUGUCCGCCGCCGACGGCCUUAUCCAGAAGCCUUUCCCCCGCCCCCUUGAAUCGGCCAAGCCGACACCCCCGGCAGAGCUCACCUCCGACCAACAAGCAAAAUACAAGGAUGUCCUGAAGGCUGUGUCGGAAUGGACCACUGUUCCGACAACGUCCGCUAAGAAUUCUCCCACCGAACCCAUUACCGACAAUGAGCGCAUGUUCUUGACCCGCGAAUGUCUGUUGCGGUACCUGCGCGCAACCAAAUGGAAUGUCUCCGAAGCAAUUGCGCGCCUCCAGCGCACGCUCACUUGGCGCCGUGAGUACGGCGUUGAAAAGCUCACAGCCGACUACAUUUCAGUUGAGAACGAGACGGGCAAGCAGGUCAUUCUGGGGUAUGACAUUCACGGGCGUCCAUGUCUGUACCUCUUGCCAUCGAACCAGAACACGGAAACGAGCGACCGUCAGAUCCAACACUUGGUCUUCAUGCUUGAGCGCGUCAUCGACCUUAUGGGCCCGGAUCAGGAGACGCUGGCAUUGAUUGUCAACUACAAGGAGACGAAGUCGGGUCAGAAUGCGAGUAUCGGCCAGGCCAAGCAGACCCUCAACUUUCUGCAGAACCACUACCCAGAGAGAAUGGGUCGCGCCCUUGUAAUUAACAUGCCGUUCAUGAUCCUCGGUUUCUUCAAGAUCAUCACUCCGUUCAUCGAUCCAUUGACCCGCCAAAAACUCAAGUUCAACGAGGACCUGGGUCAGCAUGUGCCUCCGGGCCAGUUGAUGAAGUCCAUGGGCGGUGAAGUCGAGUUCCGGUACGACCAUUCGAUCUACUGGCCGACGCUCAACAAGCUUGCCGACCAGCGCAGAGCAGCAUACAAGGAGCGGUGGAUUCAGGGCGGGAAACGUGUUGGUGAGAUUGAGAACUAUCUGAAGACGGGCACCAGCCCGAGUCUCUCCCAGACAGAGGGGGCGAAUGGCACCGCGUAG